AUGUCGAAUCACUAUCAAUAUCCCCUUUCGCCAAUCGGACAGCCAGCCUCGCAUGAGGCGAGAGUGCCUGCUACCAGUGGUGGCACUGCUAUUCUCAUGCGCAAGCUACCUCGCAACACCAGCCGAGAAGAAUUGCGGAGUAUGCUGCUUUUCGCGAAAGACCUCAAGGAGGUGGACUUCAUUCCGAACGAAAUCGAGGAGGAUCGAGGCUUCACCACUGCAAUUGCACGUUUCCGGACUGCCGCUGCUGCCAGCGAGGCGCGAACAAUGUUGAACGGCAAAUCGGUCACGGCCGGCCAGGUCAUGAUCGUCAAAGUUAUCGAUACAUCAUCAGGAAACCCGCUCAGCCGGCGAAAUACGGUAGAUAAUCCAGGACAUCGGAAUACUGCACAUUCCGUCUCCCCUCCGUCGAAUCCGCAGCUUCUUCGGCACUCUUCAAGAUUCGGUGACACGUUUCACCACAUGGAGAAACCCACGCCAUCAAGUGCAGAUGCAUCAUCCGGGCGGGAUUUGUCUUCUACCGACGGGAGCUCCCAUCUCCAGACCAUUUUCUCACCUCAGUCUCCACUUGGUAAUGGUGUCUCCGAACACUCACGCAUCAGUGGGAAGUCAGUUAUCAGUCAAGACAGCAACGACGACGAUACAGGGGAGCUGCUCAAAGAUCCUGUGGCUUAUAUGAACAACGAUCAGGCAAAUCCCAUGUCUCCAUUGUCCCGACGCCCCACCAAUCCUCAGCUUUCCGUCUCAAGAUUUUCGAACCUUUCCCUGAACACCAAUAUGGCCUCGCCACCACCUACAAGCUAUAUAUCACCUCGAUCAAAUCUGAAUCUGCGCACACCAACAUCAGCCAUGUCACCAAAUAUAGGAGGCAUGGGUCCCAAUAUGCCAUAUCAGACCAAUCACCAAUAUCCUAGGCUCAACUAUCCACCUGUAAAUCCUGCUGAUCAGAAUCCACCCUGCAACACGCUCUACGUUGGAAAUUUACCGAUCGACACGUCCGAAGACGAACUCAAAGCAAUGUUCUCCAAGCAACGCGGUUAUAAGAGACUUUGCUUCCGUACCAAGCAGAACGGUCCCAUGUGCUUCGUCGAGUUCGAGGAUGUAUCCUUUGCAACCAAGGCGCUGAACGAGCUUUAUGGGGUUCAACUUCACAACAGCGUCAAGGGUGGCAUUCGUUUGAGCUUCUCCAAGAAUCCGCUGGGUGUUCGCGCUGGGCAGCAGGGAGGUGGACAUCCUGCCACACCUCUUAGUCCACAAGGUCCAAUGCCCACAUCGAGUGGCUUAGGUCCUAUGUCGCCUGGCGGUUUUCCUACAGCGCAUGGACCUCCUCCUGGCCUCAGCGUACCGCCUGGGUUGGGCAUGCCUGCUGCUCCCAUGACACCGUCGAUGAUGAAUGGAGGGUUCUCGGACCGACAAGCCAUGACCUCGAUGCGGGGUCAGAGUAUGGGCGGGACAACAUCUCCACCAGGCGUGGGCGGGAUCUAUCCUGAUUAUAUGAUGGGCCGCUAA